AUGCCGCCACGAUCCAAAUCAAAGAAGUCUCGCAAAGCCCUUGAGCGGAAGGAAAAAAAAUUGCUAGAAGCCAAAAUAAAGGCCUCUCAAUGUAAAGUUGAAGAAGGUCAGGCUUUACUCGAACCAGUUGGUCGCAAUGCAGUACCACACUAUGCAAAAGCUGUGGCUGCUCUUGAGGCAGCGAUAGAAAUUUAUGAAGGGAACGCAAGUGCCUACUUUCUUAUGGGGGAAUGUUAUCGUGGACAAGAGGAAUUUGACAAGGCAAUUGAGUACUACACGCAGUGCUUAGGGAGAGACCCCACAAAUGCUAGAGCCAUUGAGGGACGGGCAGGCUGCUAUGCUGCUCUGCAAAAAUGGUCAAUAGCUUUUGAAAAUUAUACAGCUGUCAUUCAUCUUGAGCCGGAAAACGAUCACAUAUAUAAUCUUAGAGGUCUUUGUACUUUAAAUACACGCGUGCCUGGAUUGCGUUUACUUUCUGCAGAUUUUAGUCAAUGUGUCAGUGAUUUUCAAACGGCUAUUCGCCUUAAUGAAGCGAAUUAUUAUGCCUGGGCAAACCUAGGAAGGGCGUAUGAAGAUCAAGGAAUGUUGGACGAGGCGCUGAAGGCCUAUUCAUCUGCCGUGAAGAUAAAGGAGGAUUAUGAGCAGGCGUAUUUGCGUCGGGGUUCUCUUGCGCUGCGCAUGGUGGAAAGUAGCUGGGAGAAGGGUGAUGGUACAGCAUACAAUAAGACAGAAAACACACAAGAAAAUAUGGGGGCCAAUUCUGGGAAAAAAUCAAUACCAAAAUCUGUAAAGGAAGUCGAGGAAGAGGUGAAUUUGGAAUUAGAGGCGGCAGCUCGUCGGAAGCACGAAGAAGAACUUCUUCAGAGUGCUAUUCAGGACUUUCAGUUCCUUAUGUCGGACAACUCGAAGAAACUCAAAUGGGAUCCAUGCUUGCCCUUGAAUUUAGGGAUCUGCUUUCUCCUACAAAAUGACAUCAACAAGGCAGAGGAGGAGUUUAAAACGGUGACAGAGAUAAUCCACGCUCGACAGCAGCUGGUUGCAGAUGGGGAAGCCGAACCGAUUUCAAAUGUGGAAGCUAUAGAGAGAGUGUUAAAUCUCAAGAAAGAUAUAUUGAAGGCAGCUAGGGGUAGACGUUUUUUGCAAGGGAAGCAGCAGCAGCAGCAGCAAGAAGAACAACCACAGAACCCCUAA